AUGGACCCUGUUGGGCUAGCAGUUGGAGUUAUCGGGCUCGCUGGGCUAUUUUCGACCUGUCUUGACUUGGUUAAGAGGGUUGAUAGCUAUAAGCACUUUAAAAAAGACGAGCAGAUCUUAGCCACCCAGUUCGCGGCCUACAGGCUCCGCUUUGAGAGAUGGGGGAAUCAGACGGCAUUGUCAGGGAAUCAGACGGCGCUGUCAGAAGACCAGCACGAGGCUCUUGCCGACUCUCAAACUUUGGAGACGGUGCGCAGACUUAUCGAGAUUAUCCGCGAAAUUUUGAGUGAUCAAAAGCUUCCGAACCCUAUUAACCCGAGCCUGGUGAGGAGCUUGACAGAGCCAUUUCGGCCCAGAAAGGAAAAGCUCUCAUGGGCCCUAAAGGGCAAGGCAAAACGAGAGGACCAAGUAGAGCUUUUUGGGAAAUUAAUCCAACACUUAUAUCACCUUGUACCCAUAGACACCAUAUCUCGAACCACAACUGUCAACACCACAACUGUCAAUGGGAAUCCUCAAACCAUAACUGUCAAUGGGAUUCAGUCACCGAAUACCACUGCCCAGAUUGACAGCUCUUGGAAAACAGAGGUUCGGGAUACUCUGCAGAGAUUGGAGGGAAAGGCUUACGCAGAGACGCGCCGGGAAUUACAUGCUUGGAUAGUGCGACAUCCGCCCAAUGAAAUAUACCAAGAUGCCAUGAAAAAAAGACUUGAAGCCACUUGUGAGUGGAUUCUGAAACGACCUGUCUUGGACGAAUGGCUGUCUUUAUCAAAGGGUUCCCAAACGCCUGGACUCUUGUGGAUAAAUGGACCGGCUGGGUUUGGUAAAACCAUUCUUUGUUCUCGUUUAGUCCAACACCUCCAGAAAAUAGUCAAGACUCCAGUGGCGAGUUAUUUCUUUUCCUCGGAUUUCGAAAGCCGCGACGAUCCGUAUGAGGCUAUUCGCUGGUGGAUAUCUGAAGUCAUAUCUCGCAGCGAAUCUGCAUUUGACUAUGUGCGCAUGAAGCGGGAGAAGCAGAAUGAGCCGACUGCAACUCGUGCAUUCAUCUUAGAGAUAUUUUCGGAUAUUAUCAAGAUGGUUCCUGGUUGUGUUUUUGUCAUAGACGGGCUUGAUGAAUGCACAUGGUUAAAUAAAGGAAAUAAUCCUGGACGGAGAGAUUCAAUCACAAGCUUUCUAGAGAAUCUUGACCAAGCAAUCACAAACUCAGCUACACGUGUUCUAAUCGUGAGCAGAGACGAGUCCGAGAUCCGUUGUGGGGUCGAGGAUAUGAAGACCACCAUCUUCGAGUAUAGUGUCCUUCCAGAGGAUGUUGAUAGCGACACUAAACGCUAUGCUAGGAGCAUUGUCGAUAAGAAGCUCUCAAAAAAAAGCGAGCCACUUAAAGUUGAUAUCUCUGAGAAGAUGGCCAUGAAGUGCGGCGGCCAAUUUCUCUGGCUGAAGCUCCAAGAAGACUCCCUCCGCAGUUGGAAGAACCAGAAACAGUUACAAGAUGCUAUUGACACAACGCCUUCCGGUCUUGACAGUUUGUAUCAUAGAAGCUGGGUAAGAUUGUCCAAACUCCCAAAGGAUGAGAGAGACCGCGCGUUUUCAUUACUCCGCUGGGUCACUUUUGCCAUACGACCAUUGACUGUUGCUGAGAUUGCUGAGGCAGUGUUAAUCAGCUUUGAGAACGAAGAAUUACCUACAGACGAGCUGCCCGAUUCCAUUGAUGACGAUAUCCGAAAAAGCUCAAUUAUGUUGGAUCCUAGAGUCGACACCGCAAAUGAGAAGCUGAGAUCCUCCAAUGAAAGGACCGAAAACAUUACCUUAGCUCAACUUUGUCUUUGGUACAUUCAUUAUGAGCAAAUCUGGCAAUUUGAGAACGAGCAAGACUCGGACCAAGUUCAGGGGUCAUUCAGAGAUUACGCGGCAGGCUAUUGGCAUCACCAUGCCCUCAAUGGUAGCCUGGAAGAUGAGCUGGUGGACUAUCUAAUCACCUCUUUAUUCGACAUAGACGGUACAAUUUGGGAGGCAUGGAAAGAAUGGUUCGAUACCAGAGAAAGAAUGGCAGUGGAAGCUUACUUGGAGAUGAGCGGCGACGACGACGAUGAGAGACAGAUAAGGCAGUCUACCCUCUCUAAAUCGAUGCCAAACAACCCUGUUUAUUAUGCCUCGAAACUUGACAUAACAACAAUCACUCUGAGACUGAUUGAAGAGUAUCGGCAUCAAUUGGAUGAAGUAUCUUACUUUGGUGAGACAGCCAUCGCAGCCGCCUGCGGAAACGGCAAUCAGGCGAUUUCGCAGGCUCUAAUUGAUGCGGGAGCAAAUAUUAAAUGCCCCAGCUAUGAUGGAGAAACUGCUUUGCACAAGGCAGUUGAUCAAGACCGUCUGGAUCUAGUAAUGCUGUUGCUAGAGAAUGGUGCAGAUUUAAACGCUGUUAACAACAGCUCAGCGACGGCCUUGCAUUACGCCGCACACUCAGGUCAUGCUGAUGUGAUCCGGCUGCUGAUCAGCCAAGACUCCCGUCAAAAUAAUAUGAUGACAAAGAGGAAUUCGCAAACACCAUUGCACACUGCUGCCAUUAGGGGACAAGCCGAGUCGGUGCAAUUGCUGCUAGACUAUGGGGUCGACAUCUCUGUUGUUGAUGAAGAUGGAUGUACGCCAUUAAUUAGUGCCUCCUUCUUUGGCUUCACUGAAGUUGUUCGGAUACUUCUCCGUUGGGGAAGCGACAUAAAUGCGCAAGACCUUAGGGGUAUGACGGCAUUGGCAUUGGCAACACAAAAUGGGCAUACGAAAACAGCAGAGCUAUUAUUACAAAAUGGCGCCGACACGACUCUUGUGGAUAAUAUUGCAGGCUGGACAGUCUUGUUACAUGCAGCUUACUAUGGCUGUGUGGACAUAUUUCGCGCUCUGCUCACAUACGGAGCCGAUAUUAAUUUCACCGACCCGGAUGGGAAGGCGGGAACUCCCCUCGGUAUGGCCAUUAGACAUGGCCAUUACGAAGUAGUGGAGCUACUACUUAAUAAUGGUGCAAGUCAUAAUGCGGUAUUGGAGACUGAUUGGCUACCACUUACGCUGGCAUCCUCUGAGGGCCAAGUCAACAUUGCUAAGCUCUUCCUUGGUCUUGGAGCUGAUAUAAACGAAUCGACGUCGGAUGGAUUAACGCCCCUGGUAAAAGCUAUAUGGAAAAACAAAGUCGAUAUGGUACAAUUCCUGCUAGAGAACGGCGCUGAUCCAUCGAUUGCCGAUAACAGUGGGAGUACUGCCCUUAAAGCUGCUAUUCAUGUGGCUGCACAUUAUGGACAUGUUGACAUCAUCAAGCUUCUUCUUGAGAAGGGAUUCAAAACCACUGAGAGGGGCGCCGACGGCUGGACACCGCUGCACGCAGCGGCACAUGGCGGGCAUCUCGAUACGCUUGGUCUCUUCUUGAAUGAAGGGGUCCCACUGGCCGCCCUUGAUUACACUGGCAGAACAGCCUUGCACAUAGCCUGUCAAGAAGGCCACCAAAAGGUCUUCGAGACGUUACUAGAACUAUCCACAUCUGACGAAGUUAACUGUCCCGAUGUCUAUCAGCGCACACCAUUGUUCUAUGCGGCUAUGCGUGGCCACAAUCAUAUAUUAAACCUUCUUCUUCUUUCAUGGGUCGCCGAUGUGCACAGAAAGGACUUUUAUGGCUCUACAGCGCUCUUUGCCGCCGUACGAAACGGUCAUGAGCAGAUAGUCGGUCAAUUAUUGGCUUGCAUUGGAGAGAUACCUCUGGAUUCAAGGGACGCUUUCGGAAAGACUGUGUUUUAUUGGGCACGAAAGUGCAAUAAUAUCCGCGUGAUUGAUCUUCUAUGUCAAUCUAGCGACAAUGCUUCUCAGACCACGGACGAAUCUGACGUCCUCGAACAUAACUGCAUGCCCUUCAACAGCAGAGUGUUUUGGUGCGACGACUUUGUCGCUUGUUUGGAGUGCAUUACCGCGGGAGUCAAAUGUCUUAAAGAUGAAGAAGAAGCACAUCAAUGGGUAACUGCACCAGAACAGCUGGAAUAUGUAAGCGACGAGGAGAGUAGUGUAGAUGAGUAA